UUCACUGACCUUCUCAUAACAUAAGCUACAAUAACAUAAUAAAAGCCAAACACAGAGAAUAUUACUUCUUAACACUAAAUAAUUACUUGAAUGAUGGAAAAGUUUACAAAUUUGUGGCCCUUAUGUAUGGCUUUACUAUUUCUCUAUGUUUCUUGCUUUUGUUCAGAAGCAAGGCAUCAUUCUAAGCAUCCUUCUGCUGUUGUUGUUGGUGCUGUUUUUUGUGAUACCUGCUUCCAAAAUGACUUGUCUAAGGCCACCCACUACAUCUCAGGUGCAACUGUGGCAGUACAAUGUGCAGAAGAACCCACAAGAAAAUCAUUCUAUCAAGAAGUAAAAACAGACAAAGAAGGCAAAUUCAAAGUAGAAUUACCAUUCUCAAUCACCAAACAUGUCAAAAAACUACAAGGAUGUAAUGUAAAACUUGUAAAAAGCAGUGAACCUUAUUGUUCUAUAGCUUCUACCUCUACUUCUUCCUUAAUCCAUCUUGAACAAAAAAAAGGAGGAAAACACAUAUUUUCUGCUGGUUUUUUCACCUUUAAGCCUUUAAAACAACCUAAUUUAUGUAACCAACCAAUAACCCAAAAAAAUAUUUUGCACCCACAACAGAUUUUCCCACCAAUUCUUCCACCAGUACUUCCUGCACCACAGGGCCCUUUACCAACAGUUCCAAACCCAUUUCAGCCCGCACCUUUGCUACCCAACCCGUUGCAGCCACCCGCGCCACCACUCAUUCCGAACCCAUUUCAGCCCCCGUCUCCACCAGCUAGUAUGUUUCCGCCACUGCCGCCGCUGCCACCACUGCCUAGUGUGCCUAUUGUGCCCGGGUUGAUCCCCACGCCGUCAACGCCGCCACCAGCAUCUUUUUUGCCUCCUAUCGUUCCAUUACCACCUGUUCCACUUAUCCCUGGAAUUCCUCCUAAGGGUAAGAAACUAAACCCUUGAAUAUAUCCUUGAUCAAUACUAAAAAAGCUCGAUCAUUGAUUUUCUUUCGUCAGCCUACCUUGUACCGAAAAACCCCAAAAGAGGUUAUUGAUUGGCAUUUGGGAUGUAUAAUUCUUGUAAUCAAUAACCAAGUACUAGUGUUAAUUUUAUCUUUUGCAUUUAUUUUCUGCUUUCU